AUGAGCACCCAGAACAGCACAGGGGAGACCUUCGUGCUGCUUGGGCUGUCCCAGCACCCACGGGCUCAGGCCGUCUUCUUCUGCCUGCUUCUCCUGUCCUAUCUCAUCACUUUUUUUGGGAACAGCCUCAUCCUGCUCCUGAUCUGCUGGGAUCCCCGGCUCCACACGCCCAUGUACUUCUUCCUCAGCAACCUGUCCUUCCUGGACGUAUGUUACACCUCAUCCAGCGUCCCCCAGGUUCUCCCCCCCAGAUGCUUGGUGGCCCUUCCCGUCAUCUCGCUAGGACCGUGCUUGGCCCAGAUGGCCACGGGACUGUACCUGGGUGUCGUGGAGUGUCUCCUGCUGGCUGCCAUGGCCUAUGAUCGCUCUGUGGCCAUCGGUGACCCCCUGCGCUACUCUGUGCGCAUGGGGCCCCGGCUUUGUGGCCUGCUGGCCAGGACCUCCUGGAUGGCAGCCUUCUUGUUGACGGUGGUCCCUGUGAUGACCAUGCCCUUGGAGUUCUGUGGUCACCAGGUCAUCAACCACUUCUCGUGUGAGCUCCUGGUCCUGCUCAAGCUUGCCUGCUCUGACCUGCGUUUCUACAAGUCACUCAUGGUGGGCACCAGCGCCCUGACCCUGCUGGCCCCUCUCACCUUCAUCGUGGCCUCCUAUGGAAGGAUCCUGGUGGCAGUGCUGUGGCUGCGGUCCGUGGAGGGCUGAGGCAAGGCAUUUUCCACAUGUGGCUCCCACCUCACAGUGGUGGCCCUCUUCUAUGGCACAGCUAUCUCCAUGUACAUGAGGCCCCAGGACAAGCCCAUCCACUAUCAAGACAAGGUCGUUUCCAUGACCUACGGCGUCCUCACCCCCAUGAUGAACCCCCUCAUCUACAGCCUGCGGAACAAGGACAUGAAAGGGGUCCUCAAGAGACUCCUGGGGAGAAGGACUGACCUCUAA